CUGGGCUUCAGCCCACCAUAGCCCUAACAUAGAUCCUCCCCUGCCUGUUACAAAAAGGUCGGUCUCCUUGCCGCCGCCGCCGUCCAGUCGUACAGGCAGAUCCAUCGGGUUAAUGUGCGAAGAGAACAAAAACCAACUGUCAGCCAAGUACAUCAUCGUCCAGAUUCAUUGUCAAGUCAUCUGUGAAAGGGAAAAGGGUACUAUACAGAUCGCGACUUACUCUUCCGAGACAGGGGCUUGGAUAGCAGCCAAACGGCCGGUGAUCGCCUCCACCGCCGCCAUAAAAGAAGAUGUCUACUCUUGUUUGUUAAGAGAUCCUCCUUUAGUGAUGAAUGGUGUUUUCCACUGGUACCACUACUCCGGAAACACGGGCAUACUAACACUGGCGCUUUACCGCCCCGACAGUGAAGCGGUCUUCGAUAUCCGGAGCUACGAUGGAUUUGGAAAUAAUUCCCUAUGCUCGAGUGCUAUUACAAGAUCAGAGAAUGGUGACGUUUUAUGGUUCACAGUCGUUGAUGAUUUCAAAACAAUGAGAGUUUUCAGCUUCCCGAAGGGGAGUCGAGGGUGGGUGUCAGAGUACAGUAUCAGUGUUGAAUCGCUCUGGGGGAAUGACACAGCCUUGGUGACCUCAUCGAGGAUGAGGAGCGGAGGGCAUAUAAUCCUGAAUGGCUUGGUUCCGGUGAAUAAUAAGAAGACUCCGGCUGCCCUGAUCCGGAGGGAAGAAUCAGGGAGGUUAUUUCUUUACGAUGUGGACACCAAAGCCGUUCAAUCCCUGCCAUAUCAUGGACGACCGGUUACCACCGAGUGGGAUGGAUUCAACAUUCUGAGCAUUGGCCCUGAGUGUACAGCUCAUUAUCCCUAUAUACAUCCUUCAUCUCUUUCUGCCUUCGCUCUUUAGUUGAUCCACCUCCUAAUUGAUAAAUUAGUUUAGCAUGCACUUCAUAUACUUUUAUACUUGUAGUUCUUAUUUAUUAAGGUUUAUUUCUCAUGUAAUCGUGUGCCUGAAAUUCAAAAUUAAAAACCAUCAAUAAAACAUUAAUUUCGAUUU